CUGGUCUGACUGCUACAGCUGCAUUACCUGUGAGACUACAUCAGGGAUGAGGCGCCUUUUGUUGCUUCUGCUGCUUUCCUGGGGCGCCGCCCCGCAGUCUUCGCCGCUGCAGGCUGUGGUUCUCAGCAGUCAACCACCACCACAGCUCUUCUUCACGACCGCUGGGGGCGUACCUCAGUUUCUGCUCUUCGGCCCACCACCAACUGAUAGCGGCAUCCGUCUGCUACACCCGGCCACUGCAGCUGCAAUACGCGCCAGCCAGACGACCAACCAAGAACGUUUUCGUCAAGCAGAGGACAGCCCGCUAAGCUCCGCGUCAGGUGCCGACGGCCCCCCAGGCCCCCAAUCAGAGGCUGACAGCUCCCCAGGCUCUGCGGCUGACAGCCCCGCAGACUCACCGUCUGGGGCUGACAGCCCCACAGACUCACCGUCUGGGGAUGACAGCCCCCCAGACUCCCCGUCUGCGGCUGACGGCACUACAAGUCCUCCGUCAGUGGUCGAUGCCACUACACGUCCUCCGUCAGAGUCCGACAGCCCUCCAGGCUCCCCGUCGGGGGUCGACAGCCCUAGGGAGGCCACGGUCAUUAUCUCGGGGCCCAAUGUCACGGGGACUUUGAAGCUUCGGCAGGAACAGCCUCCCGCAGGUAUAACCCAUAUCACGGGUUCCAUCUCGGGCAUAACCCAUAUUACGGGUUCUGUCACGGGUCUCACUCUUCCUCCAUACCCCGCAGGUAUAACCCAUAUCACGGGUUCCAUCUCGGGUCUCAGCCCGGGCCGUCACGGGUUACACGUGCACGAGAAGGGUGACGUGUCUAACGGGUGCGUGGAGACGGGUGGCCACUACAACCCGUUUGGGCUUGACCACGGAGGUCCUCAAGACCCCGUCCGCCACGUCGGUGACUUGGGCAACAUCAGGGCGAACGCGUCGGGAGUGGCGGCGGUGGACAUCAAGGACCACAUGGUGACGCUAGCGGGACCCUACAGCGUCGUGGGACGAGCCUUUGUCGUCCACGAGCAGAGGGACGACCUGGGACGUGGGCAACACAAGACCAGCAAGACCACCGGCAACGCUGGCGGCAGAGUUGGAUGUGGUGUGAUUGGUUUACUUUGAGCUUCAAAUUCCAUAACCUCCUAAAAGAAAUGGUUUCAACAUGACUGAAAUUUUCAGCAAUGUUUUCAAUCAUGUUGAAAAUGGUUUCAACAUGACUGAAAUCUCAAUGUAAAUAUGUUUGGAUUAGAAUUCUGCCAGUCCGACAACAAAACGGAAGCAGAAUGACAGAUGUUGAGAUAACUUUGGAUGACUUACCUUUGGAUGAGAUAACUUUGGAUGGGAUAACUUUGGAUGAGAUAACUUUGGAUGAGAUAACUUUGGAUGGGAUUACUUUGGAUGAGAUAACUUUGAAUGAGAUAACUUGGAAGAAUGAGAUAAAUUCAAAUGGGAUAACAAUGAAUAAUAUCGACUUCGUUGGUUAUUACCUCCCUUCCUCAUUGGGAAAAUAAAAUUUACAUGUGCGCUUAGAAAUAAUA